AUGGCUCCCAAGAAGCUUUUCCGCAGGCAUGCUCUUGGGCUUAUCGAAGUGGCCCUAAAGUGGCUUUCAGCCACAAGCAACGUCUCGAAGGUGGAAAUUGACGAGAUGAGAGAAACGCUAGAGCAAGCUAAGAAGGCAGCUGCACGCGACCAAAAACUACCUGGAGUAGCCGUGGGCGACCUGACCCUAGAGGAGGUCGAGACCAUUUUCGGUCUUAAGAAGUUGACUCCGAGAAACGAGCAGCCAGGCGAUAUGUGGGACUUGGAGCCCUAUGAUAUCCACGGACUACGAGAUCCCGAAGACUUCCAUGAAUUCUCUACCUUCCUCGAGAGAGCCCUUGAGUACCUGGAAAUCGCACAUGAUGGCUCCACUAAAGUCGAAGCGCAAGUCCGUGCACGCCUCGACAUAAUACUCGGAUUGGUUCUAGGAUUCGCCAAGGAAGACGGUCGGAUCAUCACUGGAAACUCGGUGUCGUGGGGCUAUGAGACCCCGUUCUGGAAGACGGUCCGGAUGAAGUCUCGAGAGAAGAUGCUGCGUGGUCAACCCGACUACGCGCUCUGGUACGGAGCGCAGGCCAACCUCGAGACUAACCUUGUUAUUGUGGAAGCUAAGUCUCGGGAGAAGCUGGGUAAGGGCGAACGCCAGUUACUUGGCUAUAUGGGCCUCGUUCAUGCCGGCCGUAUCGAGCGGGGGAAGAUAGAUACAACAGUCUACGGGAUCUCAACAGAUAGCGUGACCUUUAACUUCUACCGCAUCAACAAAAGCAGCAAGUGGUGCUCAAAGGCCCUGAUCUGGGGAUAUACCCUGGAGGAGAACAAGACUAUAGUUCUCUUGCUCCUUACAAUUAUGGAUUUAGCAUCAUCUCAAUCUCCAGGGCAUUCCCGUGAGCCUACCUCCCACGACCGUCAAUUCAGUAGCUCGGCUGGUGAGGAUGUCCUUAUGACAGAGUAG